AUGAACCCCGGUGCCUCCUUGUCUACUUUCACGGCAGUGCCCUUCCCUCCACCCAUUCCUGGCGCCCAGCACCGGCCACCCUGGCAGCAGCACCUGCCACGUCCCAUCACCCCAGCAUUCCCUCCUGGCAGCAGCCUGCUGCUGCCAGCUUUCCCCAGGACGCCUAUGGUGGCUAAUGGUGGCCUUGGCCCUAGUGCCCCUGGGGCUUGCAACCUCACUGUCGAAGUCAGGUCACAAGGGAGGACAGUGGAGGCCCCCCAGACUCAGACCUCUGUCGUUACUCAGGCCCCCCUCAACUGGAGCGCUCCAGGGGCCCUCAGCAGGAGUGCUGCAUGUCCUGCACCCGAAUUCAUAGCAACCCCUGUGAUGGGGACCGUUGUGACUGCUUCAGCUGUUGGAGUUAGGCAGGCUGGCAAGGGAGGCUGGACCCCAGGCUUUCCUCCUCAAGCUCCACCACCAGCUGCCCAGCUGGCCCCUAUCAUUCGCCCCGUGAACUCUGGGCCAUGGCCACAUGACACUUCCAGGGAGGGCCGCCUGGCCACCAACCAGUCCAACGCCUCGCAGGAUGGCUCCUCUAACCCCCAGAGAGAGUACAGUAACUUCCGACGUUGGCAGCACAUCAAACCCCUGGCCCGGAGACACUUUCACCUGAGUCCUGAUGCAGAAGCUUUUUCCUGCUUUCUCAUCCCAGUGCUUCGAUCCGUGGCCCGCCUGAAUCCCAACAUGCCGCUGGAGGAGGGACUGUGGAGGGCCGUGCAGGAAUGGCGGUGCAGAAGCAACCUUGACCGGAUGAUCUACUACGAGAGGGCGGAAAAGUUCAUGGAAUUUGCGGCCCAGGAGGAGAUGCACAUUCAGCAUUUGCAGUGCAUGCAGUGCGCGCAGGACCUGGCUCCUCCAGCCCCACCGAAGCUGGAACCUCGGGGGCCCCCAGCCCCGCCACACAGAUCCCAGCGGACCCCGGAGCCCAAGGCGCCCAAGGUGAUUCCCCCUGAGACUGUGAGGGAGUAUGUGGAGAGGAUGGAGGCGCUGGUGGGACCCGUCCACUCAGCCAGCGGCAAGUCACAUGCAGAAUGUGGAAAGGACGGAAAUGAGCUGAAGCAGGAAGAGGACGACACCUACUUGGACCCGUGUCUCUUGAGCUACACUGACGAGCUGCGUUCCCGGGAACACUCUGUCACCAAGGUGGAGGCAGUCAUUCAUCCUCGAUUCCCGGCAGAAUUGUUUUCCCCGGACCCACAGCUGGAUGUCUUGGCCCUUGCUGAGGAGCUGAAGCAGGAGGAAGGACUCACCCCUGAAGAACUGGUGCAGAAACAACUCCGGGACUUGAAAGAGGAGGAAGGUGGGCCGGCAGCCCCGAGCCACAGUGCACGCGGAAUGGGCUCAAGUCCAUCUGAGUCCCACGCCGGCCAAGGUGCCCAGAGGCACGACCAAGACCGCCAUCGAGGGGUCAGUGAUGAAGCCUGCCCACCAGAGAUUGAUUUUGAGGCUCUUCAUAGGCCCAUCCGAGCAGACACUGGCCCAUUCGGGCCCAAAGUCUUUGUUCCCUCUCGAGGACGUCAGGAGGUCUCUCCAUUCCGGGCCGGACGGCCCUCCCCUCCCCAGGGUCAAAGGCGCACUGGCCCUCUACUGGGACCCAGGGAUGCGUCUCUUCUCAGAGAGGCGUCUCCUGUUCCGGAGGCCCGAGGGCCCAGGGACGCGUCCAGUGAGCACGAGGAGGCGCUCCACAGCCUGGCCUCCCUCUUGGCCUCUCCGCAGAGCCUGCCGCCUUGCCGGCUGUCCCAGAGUCCUGCCCCUGCCUCAGGCCUGGCCUCCCCUGGAGGUUGGGGGGCCAGGAGUGCUCCCCAGGCCCCCUCCCCUCAGAGAAGAGGCCCCAGCCCAGCUCCACCAGCCGCUCCCAAGUCGAGGAAGCGGGUUCUGUGUGGGCGCCCAGCCGCUGCUGAGAAGCUGCCCAUCCCCGGGGCUGGCCACGGGGUCUCUGCGAGGCCAGCCUUUGCUCUGGGGCUGGUUCGCCCCUCACAGCCGAGAAAGAGAAAGCGUGACCCGUUUGUCACAGGGAAGAGGAGGAAGAAGCAGAGGAAGCACUGCAGCCAGUAG